AUGGCCAUUCGAAACUUGGAAAGAUAUGUGGGGAAACUAGCUAAUAUAUUAUCUGAGAGGGUUCUAGGAACUCUCCCUGGUGAUACUAAGAGAAAUCCAAAAGAGAUAAAAAAUGUGGUGCCCUUGAGGAGUGGGCACGAAUUGGAGGAUCCCAUAGCAAAGCAAAAGGAUGAGUUAAUUAAAGGACAUGUGGAGAUUAUGGAGGAGCAGAAAAUUGAUAACACUCAAAAAGGUGCACGGAUGGUAGAUGAUGGUUUGAAGAAGAAGGGGAAGACUAGAGCUCAAAAAAAGAAGGAAGAUGUUAUUUCAAUAAAUGAGGAGACUGGGGAGAGCAAAUAUAAUCCUGCUCUACCUUUUUCGCAGAAGCAGAGAAGAGAGAAGCUGGACAAACAAUUCGAGUAUUUUCUAGAAGUGCUCAAGCAGGUGCAUGUGAAUAUACCUUUCACAGAGGUGCUUUCACAGAUGCCAGCUUAUGCCAAAUUUUUGAAGGAGAUAUUGUCCAAAAUUCGAAAAGUGGAAGAGACAUCAAUUGUCAAGCUCACAGAGCAUUGUAGUGCUAUUUUGCAAAAUAAGCUUCCUCAAAAAUGUGGAGAUCCAGAGAGUGCUUCCAUUAAUCUUAUGCCUUUGUCUAUUUUCAGGAAAUUGGAGGGAGAGAUUGAAGAAAUCAGGUCGAUACAUGUGUCCUUGCAGCUGGCAGAUCAGACCACAAUCAUACUUGAAGGAAUAGUGGAAGAUGUGCUAGUUCGGGUGGACAAGUUUGUGUUCCUUGUAGACUUCAUUGUGGUGAACAUGGAGGAGAAUAAGGAGGUCCCUCUAAUUUUAGGAAGACCCUUCUUGGCUACGGGCAAAGCAAUUCUGGAUAUUCAGGAAAGAUCCAGGUACCUCCUACCAGUCCAGGCGCCAGUGAGACGAGCCCAGUUCGAAGACUUCAUGGUAUACCUGCCAGCAGAUAACACUGUUAACAACACGUACAACCCUAAAAUUUAA